GUUACUGAGCAUGUAGAAGAUCAAGGGAAGUGAGUGCGAAGAUUUGAGACCCUUCCUGAAUACAGAGAGAGGGAUUCAGCAGUUCUGAGUGCGAGAGGGAGCUCAGGUUCCACCACAUCGGAUGGAGAACCGAAAGAUCCACUUCAAACCCCACUGCCCACGAUUGCUGUAGAAUUUACUGCAGUAAAACAGCGUGCUGUAGAAAUGGAUCCAACACCAUCAUCAUCAGUCACGUUGGCGGCUCCACGUUUAAAUCCCACCAGCUGCUCGGCUGCAGUUACUCCCAGUCGCCGCUGCACCGCCUGGCUUGACCCGGAGCCUUCGUUUACCCUCAGGUACUACAGUGAGAACAGCGAGUCACUUCGAAUCGGAUCGGAUCGGACCGGACCACGAGAGUAAACGGUAUUGACAGUCUGACAACAUGGGGGAGGCUGUGGCUAACGUCGCCCGGCGGAUUAACGCCACGGUGGAAGAGGAGAGAGACACGCUUGAUCUCUCCGAAUGCAAACUGAUUAGUUUCCCAGAAGGUGUGUUCAAGGUCCUAAGGAGUGUCACUGAAAAGAUUCAUGUCAUCACACUAGCAAACAAUGAAAUGAAGGCACUAAGUAGCAAAUUUUUCACCACCUUUACUCAAUUAAGAGAAUUGAACUUAGAAGGAAAUGCCCUGAACAAGCUCCCAGAUGCAGUGGGGGGGAUGGAGAAUCUGAAAAGUAUCAAUUUAGCCAGAAACAAGUUUUUGGUGUUCCCUGAAAGACUGGCCGAAAUCCCGACAUUGGAAAAAAUCAGUUUAGAAGGCAAUGAAAUUACCGAAUUGCCAGUGGAGAAGCUCUCUGCCAUGCCUGCUCUCCGCUCUGUCAACAUGAAGUUCAACCCUCUGAACAAAGAUCUUUUCACUGCCAUUAAGUCCUCUUUGAAAUUUGAACUGCUAAUGACUGAUGAAGUCUAGAAAAUCCUUCUGCUUUAGGCUAUGCAAUUUUUACGUGACCAGAAUCUUAUUUUUAGGUUGCCUUGGGGAAUUUUUGCAAUGUAGUAUUUAUUUUGCUGUGGAGUAAAACGAGCGGUUAUUUCA